CAUAUAUGUUAUAGAAAAAAUAUGUUUGAAAAUAGGUGGUGUAUCUCGAUAAUGGCGGUGGUGUUAGUGGUGUCGCUCCCAGUCAGUAGUGCACAGACAGUAUCGCAGUCAACAAGUGGCUUUUGCAACGGUAAGUGUCAUAUAUUACCACAUAUUAGGUACUAAAUAGACUUUUUAAGUAUUUAGUGAAAUGACAUAAGUAACUAGUGAUGGACUCCAGUAUUUAGUGAAAUGACAUAACUAACUAGUGAUUGACUCCAGUAUUUAGUGAAAUGACAUAAGUAACUAGUGAUUGACUCCAGUAGUUAUUGAAAUGAAAUCACUAGUUAUUGAUUGACUCAAUCAGUUAGUGAAAUGACAUCGCCACAAGUUGUUGAUUAACUCAGGAUGUCAUCACUAAAAUCGCAAUAACUUUGUAUCAAUUAAUAUCCCAUAUAAUUUAUGUAGAAUAAAGUUAUUUCAACUUGAGUGAAUUCAUGAUUAUUAAAGUUGGUCUCAAUGGGGGAAAAAAAUGAGAUUUCGAUAGUAACAUAAAAGUUAUUAAUAUAUAAGAGCUUGACAUUUUGUUGUACUGAAGCCACUGGUAUCUGACCAAAUACAAAUAAAAGUAUGCUUCAACUACAAGCGCCAAAAUAAUUAUACUACUUUUGAAGUACGGUAGCAGUGUGCUUAUACUGUAGUAGUACCAAUGAAAACAAUUACGUUUCUUCAUCUAACUCAUUUAUGUCUGUGAAUUAUGAUACUUUAGACUAAGGCUGGGGAUAAAUGAUUGUUGAAUGUAUUAUUACUAUUCGUUUAUAGUCAUUGUUUAUCCAGUGUAUGGUAUUAUAAAACGGCCUACUAGUAUGUUGGGUGAUGCCUGUAUGCCGGCCUAUUAUUGCGAUUAUCGUUUGAUCGUUUCAUAUUGUUUCAGGCAGCACGUGUGUUUCACAGACACCAGCCACGACCACCGGUUCACAGAACACAGCUGAACCAACUCUCAUAGCUCAUGUCUACGGUGUAAAGUACAUAAGUGGUUCAUCUAACACCAUGGCCCCUAUGGCAUUGGCUAUUCUCUACGGCGUCAUCACAAACCCCGAUUGUGCUUUUAGGUGUAACCAAAAUGAUCUGUGCGUGAGUUUUAGAGUUUAUACUGGCAAUAAGGCGUGUGUUCUCUACAAGGCUGGGUUGGAGGCUACAGGGUUGUCAAUGUUUAAUAAAAAAACAUAACUCUUCUUUUAUCGACUUAAUUUUACCUAAGUUCAUAUAAAAUUGAAUUUUGAUUUUUUUUUCUCAUUAAUAUUACGCCCUGCCAUCCACACAGUAGAAACAAGUGAGCGCGCUCUCUAACCACAUCCUCGGGUUUUAUUUUGUCAACUUAUCGCUUUUCCUGACAUCCAGAGGGACAUCCGCGUGCUUAGACGAUCUAAAGUU